AAAGGAAGGAACCUUACAUUCUCACCUUCCCUGCUUCAAUUGGACGAGAACAGCUUGCUUCCUGUCGCGAACUCUCUUUCCCCGACGUUUACCCCAUUGAGACAUCCACUUGUAGCCGCAUUGGCUUCAGCAUCGACGUCUAACGCUUCUACCAUCCGCUUUACACAUCUCACCUUGCCUCAGCUUGUGUCUUGCUCAAAGCAAGGAGCACCUUGGAGUCAGCCCUGUUUUCAGCAUUGAAAACCAUUGCUCCAAGCUCCAGUUUACGUCGUCGGUCGCCGGCCGAGUCUCCCAGACAUUCCAAUCUUAGCGGCAUUGAAUCAGUCCCACGUUAAAACAUGUCGCGACCGAAACAGCACAUCGUCUUUCUGACGGGGCCUACGGGCACUGGCAAGACGACGAUAGCAAAGUAUCUGACAGAUUCGCUACGCAUGACCUUUAUCGAAGGCGACGACUACCACCCAAAGGAGAACGUAGAAAAGAUGCACAGAGGUGAAGCUCUCACCGACGACGAUCGCUGGGGCUGGCUCGACGCUCUGCGUGACGAGGCCCUCAAGGAACUGGAGCGGGACCACCAGGGUGUCAUCGUCACCUGUUCCGCUCUCAAGCGCACCUAUCGUGACGUCCUACGCGGUGCAUCGCACCCGGAGAAGGACAUAUUUGUCCAUUUCGUCACACUGCACGCGCCCGAAGAGGUGCUCUUCGAGCGUGUCAAGAACAGGCACGGCCAUUUUGCUGGAUCCAACCUGGUGCACAGCCAAUUCCAGAGCUUGGACCCGCCGCAGGCGGACGAGCCGGACAUCGUUGGCGUUGAUGUGCAGCCGCCUGUGGACGAGGUGAAGAGGGAUGCGCUAGAGAAGUUGAAGGGUCUGCUGAGUAGAUGAGGAUGGUUGUCACUACAUGGCGAGCACAACGCAGGAAAUCGAGCAGUCACUGUGAAGUACUGAUUUGUAUAUAUAUAGUACUUGGAAAGUCGACCGCCUCAGAAGCUGGCUGAUCUCGUCUAGAUAACAUAGCUCAGGAAUGAAUGUCCAAAAGACUCGCGAAUAGCCUGGAUCCACAUUACUCCGUUUCCAUGCAGCAAAUCCUCCGACUUAGCCCAACAAACAUGCGGCUAAUAAUCCGAAGCAGAAGCGCUCCCAUCGGUUGCAAGUUCGAUCAAGAGAGAGGCCGUUAUAACCCCAACAUGACCUUCAAGCGGGUCAGAUGGGAGUGUUCAAGAGCCCGGUAUAAGUCUGCUGGAAUUGCUCUUGAACCUCCUGUAGCUCCCCAGUCUCUCCAGGUUGACGCUCAGAAACGGGUGGCAAGCGAUAGGACUGCAUCGCAGGCCGAAUCGCAAGGUUAUCUAAGUUCAAACGAGGCUGAAGCACAGGCCGAGGAGCCGGCAACCCUCCAUAGUCCUGCUCCCCCGCCGGAACGAGAGGACCGUGAUACGCCAGCCCCGGCCGCAAAGAUGCCUUCCCGCCGUGGCGGUGCUGGUCCUGGACGAGGUUGGGGAUAGCGUCGUCGGCACUACGUUUGGGCAAUGGUAUUAAGGGGCAUCGAGCCUCUUGCUCGCGAAUGUAUUCCCGAGCUUGCGCAUACCGCAGGUUGACGUCGUGCGCGAACGGGGUGUGCUCGUCGAUCCGGCGGCGUGCCCAGGGAGGGCCAAAGUUGUAGUCGACUAGGUGGAGGAGAUCACGGGCUCGCAACGGAGCUCGCUCUGGCGAGUGGGGGGAUUCCCAUUCCAAGACAGGGGCUGGGCCGGGACGGAGGCGGGGGAGAUGGAUUCCGUCGCUGGCGAGGGCGUUCUCGUGUCUGUGGUGCGAGGCUGAUGUCGCUUCUGGAAAGAAGAAGGUCCUGGGACCUGUUGCCUCGUUGAUAUGGACUGGCGGUGGGGAUCGAGCUACGAGGACGACAUCUUCCUCCUCGGGUGUGUCUUCCUCAUAUUGGCCAUCCUCGUGAUGGCCUGGUUGCUGGUAUUCCCAGCCGCCGGCGACAUAUGGUCGUGGCUGUGGAUAUGUGAUUUCGCCCUCGGCGGCGGGACGUGUAGUGCGGUUCUCCAUUGUCUUGGAAGAAACAGGUGAUUCUUGUGGUAUUCGCCGAUAAAUAAGAAAGAUCAAGGCAAGGGAACGAGAUGAGGAAGGAGGAAUAAUCGCUGUGAUAUCUAACUUGCUAUCGAUCCAACUGGGUUGACGAUAUGUUCAAGUAGCAAAUCUUUCCACUAUCGCCAAAGGUGAAAAUAAAUCCAGAGCAACUGCUUAACCAAGGUACAUAAACACUUUGAAUCUUUUUCACAAAAAAAAAGAGUGGG